GAGACGGAUUAGCAGGUGGCCGUAGAGAUUUGACCAUUACGAGUGUGAGUUCAAAUCAACAGUGGAUGCUUUUACUUUCCGUUCUGAUCUGAAGGACCAGUUUGAACAUGUGGACCCAACCAGACAAAAUCCUGAGAAUUACCUCGCUGCUCCUGCUGCUACUUCACGGCACAGAUGCUAAACUGGACAUCAUUUCAAGUAAGCAGGAUUAUCAAGUGGGAGAAGAGAUCUUACUGUUAUGUAAAGCUGGAGGAGAGGGAGAUAUCACGUGGCACAAGGACGGAGAAGAAAUAGACGAUGAGAAUAUUGUGUCGAAGGUGGAUUAUACUUCCUCCAAACUGCUCAUCAAGAAGGCUAAAGCAGAAGAUGCAGGGAAGUACACCUGCUACUGCGAAUAUGACACCGGAGCCAAGGCUGACACUCAGAUCACUCUUUAUGUUUAUCGGGGGCCGUCAUUUGGUGGCACCAAACAGUACCACGAGUUUCUGGAGGGCACGAAUGGCGUAGUGCCGUGUCUGGCGACCGGGCUGCCGGACGUAGACGUCCACUGGCUGAGAGACAAGCAGGACAUCCCGUCUGUUGGAGGAAGGCGUGUUCGUAAGAUGCCCGAUAACACGCUUCAUAUUGAGAAUGUUCGGAGAGACGAUGCUGGGACAUACGUGUGUCAGGCUCAGAUCAGAGGCAGACCCAUCUAUCAGGAGCUCGCCAUCUCUCUAGUUGUUAAUGUUCCUCCUACGGCCCUCCUGAAAGAGGAGGUGAAAAAAGUGAUUGCUGGACCUGAAACCAACGUGUCCUUGUUGUGUUUGGUGGAGGGUCAGCCUAAGCCCAACAUCACCUGGGAAAUGCCGGUGCCGUUUGACCCCUCCCAUCAUCAGUUCAACUCUGAUCGUAGUGAACUCACGAUCCAGUCCGUUGGCAGGGCCGACUAUGGGGAGUACGUCUGCACAGCCACUAAUAAAAUAGCUGAGAGCAGCGCCACCAUAAUGCUUCACGUUUUUGAGGCCCCGGAGGUGUUUGUGUCAGCUAAUAGGAAGCUCGUGAACGUAGGCGAGCCCCUAUCUGUGUCCUGUAACCUGACUGGCCAUCCUCAGCCUGAGCUACACUGGAUCAACAAACAAAACGGGCACACACUGAAUUCAACUGGCCGUGUCCGUGUGCUGGACGGAGUGCUGACGUUUGAUGGAGUAGUGCCCUCUGAUGGUGGUUUAUACUCCUGCAUGGCUGUCAGCACUUCUGGAAAUGCAUCAAGAGAUGUAGCGAUAUACACUCAGCCUGGACCACCUCAUUACCUAUCGAUCUCUCCGGGGCCAACAUCCGUCAUCUUCUCUCUCAAAACGUUCCCCGUCAGUGGAGGAGCAACAAUCACAAGCUUUGUUCUGCAGUGGAGGAAGAACCAAGAGGAGCCGUGGAAAGAAACCAUCAUCCCAGCUUCAGAUCCUUUGAUUAUUACCAACCUCAGUCCAUACACCACAUACACCGCUCGAAUAGCUGCCUUGAAUGCAGCCGGACGGGGACAGUUCUCAUUGGAAAAGGAGAUUCGCACCGAAGGAAAACGUGAACCAGACAGCCCAGUUUUAUUCACCGAUGAAGUGAAAAUCGAGGGCAACACCUUCUCUGUUCCUCUGAGACAGAUCGAUGAUGGUGGUUCUCCUCUGCUACACUUCACAGUUCGUCACAGACAGGAUACAGAACAAUCAAUGUGGAAAGAAGAUGAGCUGUCAUCUGAUGCUGAUUCAGUCACACUAAAAGAACUCGCCUUCGGCUCAGACUAUCAGCUGGAAAUUUCAGCUGUCAACGCUAAUGGUUCCUCCAUUCCUGCCACAUAUAACUUCACCAUUGCAGAACAGCCAGUGAACAGGAUGACCAAAGGGAGUGUGGUUGGCGUCGUCAUGCUGAUCUUCUUGGUGGUGUUCCUGGCCGUAGACGCCACCUGCUGCUACAGAAAUCGCUGUGGUCUGCUGAUGACCAUUGCUGUGAAACUGUUUGGGCAGAAGGUUCCAGGCCUCAAAAGGGUUGAGGAAGGAGAGGGAAACACUAACGGAGAAGUCAAGCUGAAGGGUAUUUCCAAACCAAGAGGCAGUUUACAACAAACAGGACCUCAGACAGUCAGCAAGGAGGGCAAUCACCUCACAGAAGUUACCUGUGACAAAGCCCCCCUCACCAAACAUGAGAAAGUACAGCCACCCCCCGCUGACGCGUGAGGCCGUAGUGUGAAGAAGAGUGAAUGUUGCUGAUGAUGUACUGUACAGACAGCAAAGAGAAAGUUACCGAGCGGUCAUGGGAAAGGUUCACCACAGCGACAGGCUUGGGUCAAAAUGCGCUGAAUCAGAGCUGAUCCAGCCCUUGUGCUGGGGUAUGAAAUCUGAGCCUGAGUGUAACUCCAGAUUGUUUGUUUAAUGUUGAGAUUAUUCUGAUGUUCAUUAACAGGGUAUUAAUGUUGUUUAACAGGGUAAAACUCUUCAGAUCGGCUCAACAACGAUGAGACGAUCUACCUGGCACAACAACUGUUUAGCAAAAGCAGUUUACUGUUUUUGGAUAUGUUUUUAGCAUUGUUGCUAGCUUAAUAACAGUACGUCUUGGCAGCUCCGAUUAAAGUUCAUUGGUGACACGAUGUCUGAAGUUCUAUUGCAAACUUGAGAUAGAAUAAAAAUGACUGAUUUCAUUCUUUUUAAAAAGGUAAAGAGAAGAUCUGGAUUGGAUCUAAUCCCAGUUUUAGCACACGUAUAUGGAUGAUGAGCGCUGCCCGCUGAAAAGGGCCUGUAAUGACCUUUCAUGUAUUCAUCAGCCUUUGAGCGAAUGUUUUUUAUGCUGCAGCUUCUGCACUGUGACCGGCCGCUCAGCCUUUAACUUUGCCUUGUUAUCUUAUUCCGGCUAAUUUUAGUUGUAUAAGUUUAAAUUUGAUUUGAAAUCUGCCGUUUUAUGUUGCCAUGUUGAUUUGAAUGUGUUGUGUUCUUGCUCCUGGAAAGCACAUUGAACUGCUUCUGUGUGUGAAAUGUGCUGUAUAAAUAAAGCUGCCCUGCCUUUAAUAUGAGAACAUCUAAAUGUAUUUACAACUAGAGAAAUAUAAGUUAUGUGUUCAUACCACGUGAUAUAUUUUCACAGCACAAGUGAGUAUCACUUUGCAGAUUUUGUGUGAAGAAAGCCUCCAGAUUCCCUGAGUUUACCUGUGAUUUUGCACUGCACUGUUUUUAAUCAACACUGUAAAUGGCUUCAUCAUCCUUUAAUUAACAUGUUCCAGUCUGGUAAACU